AUGCCUCCAGUAAAAGAUGAGUCGAUAAGAGAAACUAAUUGUUUAGAAAUAAUAAACAUUGUUGAGAAGAGUCCUGGCAAGAGUACUCUUGUGGAUGUAAGAGCGUGCAAUAAACCUGCCGCAAAGCUGACACUGGACGUUUUUCAGGUAUGGUUCCGAGGUGUGAGAAGCUCCAAAUUCCGCCAUGUUUACGGCGUACCUUUCAAACGGGAGCGUUGCUAUGACAACAUCAAAAUAACUAGGAAUGCGCACGAUUCUAAUUUCUGUGCUGUCAACCCUAAGUUCGUUGCCAUAGUGACGGAGGUGGCUGGUGGAGGAGCCUUCCUUGUUCUGCCUUUGGAUCACACUGGCAGGUUGGACUUCAACGCGAGUCGUGUAACUGGCCACAAAGGCCCCGUGCUUGACAUAAAAUGGAAUCCUUUCAACGAUAACAUCAUAGCGUCGUGUUCCGACGACUGCACGGUAAAACUAUGGCAUAUACCGGACGGUGGUCUGUCUAUGCAUUUGACGGACUGGCUGGUAGAACUACACGGCCACAAGCGACGCGUCGCCUACAUCGAGUGGCAUCCUACAGCCGAGAACAUACUGCUCAGUGCUGGCUUCGAUUACUUGAUCUUUGUAUGGGACGUCGGCAAAGGCGAGGCGGUGAAGGUGAUAGAUUGCCACACGGACGUGAUCUACUGCAUGUCGUUCAACCGCGACGGUUCAUUGCUCGCUACCACCAGCAAGGACAAGAAACUGCGCGUCAUCGAGCCUAGGAGAGGCAUUGUUUUGUCGGAAGGCCCCUGCCAUUUAGGCACUAAAGCCUCGAAAUGCACGUUCCUUGGCAGUCAGGGCAAGGUACUGACGACGGGAUUCUCCCGCUACAGUGACCGUCAGUACGCCGUAUGGGACCAACAUGACCUGGACAAACCUCUCGUUUGCGAGACCAUUGACAGCUCUUCAGGCGUCGUGUUCCCCUACUAUGAUUAUGAUACUAAUAUAGUGUACCUGGCUGGUAAAGGCGACGGGAACAUAAGAUACUAUGAAGUUGUCGAUGAAGCUCCCUACGUGCAUUUCCUCAACCAAUUCCUCUCCGGAAACCCACAACGUGGACUAGGCUUCAUGCCGAAGCGUGGCGUGAAUACAGCGGCGUGCGAAGUAUUUCGUUUCUACAAGCUGCAUACUUCACGCGGCCUCUGCGAGCCUAUCUCCAUGAUUGUGCCGCGGAAGUCCGACUGUUUCCAGGAGGACUUGUACCCUGAUACUGCGGCGCCACUGCCCGCGCUGUCAGCCAAAGACUGGCUCAGCGGUAUGAACUCGCCGCCUUUGCUCAUCAGUAUGAAGACAGGAGUGACAAUCUCGACCCACAAGCCUCGCACUAACAACAAGGACGCGCCGGCCAUGCAGCCUCAGGACGCCAACAACAGGAAGAAGUUUGCCUUCCUCUCUCGAGAGACUACGCCCGACUACCGCCCACUAGGCACCUGGCAACCUAACGACCAUAACAAUGAUACUGAACACCUAGAUGUGCAAGUGAAUGAAAAAUCUCAGAAGACGAGCGCCAACCAGAACACGAAGUUCCAUCAACUGCAACGUAUGUUUGGCAAGCAGACUGGAGACGCUGAGCCCGUCCCGCUGUACAAGCAGAUCAAUCAGGGAGACGUGUUCAGUACUGAACAUGAGUUACGCCUCGCAUUUAACCGUCAAGGCGAAGAGUUGAGGAUCGUAAAGAGGCAGCUACAGAACAGUCAGCAGCGAGUGCGUGAGCUCGAGCAGUUGGUGGCCGCUCUACAGGCGAGGCUGCAGCGCGACGGAUCGUAA